CCGUACCGGAAGUAAUACAAGGUAGGAUCAUUGAAUGGACGAACAUGGAGUAAAAUAGUGUAAGACCAGGUCAGUUUGUACCACUAGGCAGAGCACGAGUGGUCAAGUCUACACACAAUGUCCGAUGAGGAUGAUCAGGAUGAUCGUUGGACGGAUGACGAUGACGUCAGACCAGCUGUGCACGUGGGUGAUCCACAAAUCCCCACUGAUAAGCCCCAACUCCCGGACCUGGUCGGUAUCGACAACCCCCUGUCACUCCUGGGGCGUCACAAGAGUGCAUCUAACGACACCGUGAACGAAGCAGACUCCGAGUCGACCUCAGUACACUCAAGACGCAACUCAAAAGACAUCAAAACCUCAAUGGAUCCAGGGGUGUACAGACCAAAACGAGGUUACUCUCGGACGCCAUCAAGGGGUACAAUGAUGACCGAGGAGACGACGGACAGCCGGAAGCAGAUUUUUGGUGUUGACGAGAACGAGGAGCGCGGGAACUGGUCGGGUCGGUUCGACUUCCUGUUAUCCCUGCUGGGGUACGCCGUGGGGCUGGGGAACGUUUGGCGCUUCCCCUACCUGUGUUACCGGAAUGGGGGCGGGGCUUUUCUUAUACCAUUCGUUAUCAUGAUGAUAAUCAUUGGUGUACCUCUCUUCUUCAUGGAGGCAUGCCUCGGCCAGUUUUGCAGCAGCGGACCCAUGACAUGUUGGCAUUUCGCUCCGCUUUUCAAAGGUGUGGGUAUUGCUAUGGUGAUCGUUUCCGCCGGAACCUCUAUGUACUACAAUAUGAUUCUCGCCUGGGCCUAUUUUUACAUGUUCGCCUCAUUCACUAGUACUCUUCCUUGGCAGGGCUGUGACAACGGAUGGAACAGUAAAGACUGCAGUCUCAAGCUUCCCCUGGUGAAGUGUGAGGUUGGAGAGAAGUUACUCAAUGGCUCCUGUUACGUGAAUGGUGUCUUCAAAGGACUGUGGGACGACUCUCUGUUUACCAACGCAACAGGCCGGAAGCGGAUAUCACCGGCGGAAGAAUACUUCAAUAACAGGGCGCUGGGACUGAGUAGCGGUCUGGAAGAGUUUGGACAGCCACGCUGGGAGUUAGUGCUCUGUCUACUGCUGGCCUGGUUUGUGUGUUUCCUCUGUCUUAUCAAGGGCAUCAAGACCACAGGAAAAGUGGUUUACUUCACUGCAGUUUUCCCAUAUGUUGUUUUAAUCAUCCUCUUCUUCCGUGGAAUCACACUGGAGGGAGCGGGCAAAGGAGUAUACUACUAUAUAGUACCGGAGUGGGGAAGACUUCUAGACGCUAGGGUAUGGAAGGACGCUGCUGUCCAGAUCUUCUUCUCAAUGUCUAUCGCUGGUGGAGGAUUGGUGACACUCUCUAGUUACAACAGGUUCCAUAACAACAUCCUCAAAGACUCUGUGAUCGUCAGUAUAGGAGACACACUCACCUGUAUUUUUGCCGGGUUUGUCAUAUUUUCCUACCUUGGCUUCAUGGCAAACAAGCUCAACGUGGAAGUGAAAGACGUUGCUAAGGACGGGGCAGGCCUUGCAUUCGUGGUGUAUCCUGAGGCUGUCACUAGUCUGCCACCACCUCCUCUUUGGUCCAUCCUCUUCUUCUUCAUGCUCAUCACACUGGGACUCGACAGUCAGUUCGCUAUGUUGGAGACAGUAUUGACUGGAGUCCUUGACCAAUUUCCACAUCUGAGGCCAAAGAAAACUAUUGUCAUCCUCUGUAUCUGUAUAUUCUUCUUCUUCCUAGGAUUACCCCUGACCGCACCAGGCGGUAUGUACCUGCUGCAGUUGAUGGAUAAUUACGUGGGGGGUUGGACUCUCCUAAUCAUCGGUUUGUUCGAAAAUAUAUGUGUGGCCUAUGUUUACGGAGUCAAUCGGUUUCUGAAGGAUAUAGAAGUCAUGUUGGGCUUUAAGAUGAUAAUGUGGUGGAAGAUCUGCUGGUGGGUCAUCAGUCCUCUGACUUUGGUAGCUCUGUUUAUCUUCACUUUUGUUGACUAUUCGCCAUCUGAGUAUGGGGAUUAUAAGUACCCCGCCUGGGCCGAUGCACUUGGUUGGGUCAUGGCAUUCCUUUCCGUCCUCGCUAUUCCAAUUACCAUGCUUUACAAGAUCGGCAAAGAGGAUGACGAAGACAGUAUCAUUGAGAAAAUCAAGCUUCUUGUCACCCCGACACGGGAGUGGGGUCCAGCCCUGGUAAAGCACCGCCGUCUCGUGACGUAUGUUGAGGGCUGGGUAAUCGACCCCUGGGAGGAACUCGCUACCUACGUCAACAAAGCCUUCGCCUCAGACAAAUCGAAAUCACGAAGUACGCUGUGGACAUCAGAACCUGUUAUAUCACCUUACUUCGAUCCCCGUAGGGAAAAAGACUUCAGUGAUAGCGGAAGUUACACUGCCACGGAGGCAUCUGAGAAGACGGGUGUAUCGUUCGAAUCUUAUGUAUGAAUGGCUACAUGUGGAUGUAACCGGUUUCUGUCCCAAGCUUUAAAUCGACAGAUUUUUCCUAUGCCAAGAAACUAAUGCAGACUUUAAGAAUAAAGCAGGAAAACAGUCUCGAUAUUAUAAGCCGUUGAUCACGUGUUGUGAAAUAAUUUAUCAUGAAGGCUCGGCAUGACUGCAGAGUUGUAUUUCCUAGCAUGGCAGAUAUACAGUCAAAUAGUUAUAGUAUAUUUAAGCAAGAUCCAAUAUACAGGAAACAGUAUUUUGUUCGUCUUUUUUAUGAAAUCUAUAUUUACAUCCACAGAAUACAUAUACAAAUUAAUAGGUUUUUGUCUAUCCUCGGUCCUUUACAUAUGCAUUUUUUAUAUAUUCAUAUCAUCGUCGUUUUCAUCUGAAGUUUAAACAUAUAAUCAUACACGACGUCGUGUCAAACGGCCACAUACUCCCAUCACUUUGACAACCUAUGAACAAUAUACAAUAUGGCUUUAUCUAUUGUUUAUUGUAUAUCUGUGAUGUACUGUUAAAUCACUAUUAUUGCAAUAUUUGUUAAAUAGAUAUAUACAUAUCUGGAUGAAAUGAAUAAUUGAAGGGAGAAAAUAGUAAGAAUGAGUGCAGUAAGAGAGAGAGAGAGGAGAGAUUUUCCGUGAUGUAAUAAAGAACUACUGAUACGUAAA